AUGUGGAUACCUGAUCUAUUUGUAUCAAAUGCAAAAACUACAAGACAUAAGAACAGAAUUGAUAACAAAAAUCUUGCACAAAUUUUACGAAUAAUUCCUGGUGGGAAAAUUGAAUAUACAAACAGGUACAUUAAUGAUUAUACAUAUAGAUAUACCAAACAGUUUAUACUACUAUAUGAUCGGUGACUGCAGAUCAGAGGAAACACAUCAAGCAAUGCAAAUUGUCUCCAAUAUAUACGUACAUCUUUCUAAUACGUGGAGACCUCUCUAAUACGCACAUAUCCCUAAUACGUACAUGAGUCCCGUAUGGUUUUGGUUAUUUGCAGUAACACUUUAUACAGUGGUGUAGCCAAGGGGUGCGGAGUAUUAUGAAAAGUAAUGCAAUUUUUAAGAAUGCGAGAAAUUGCGUUUCAUAGAACCUAUAGAAUGAUCUAUAAAUGCAAACUUUCGAUCAAAAUCAUAUUGGGAUUCCCUUCCCCCAGCAUCACUCACAGAGGGGAAUAAGGUUACACGGACCCCUCCAGCAGUUUUCCAAGGUGACUUUUCCAAUUCAUUUAGUUCCCAGGAGAAAUUUCUGGUAAAAAAUCAUGUCUUUGAUGUACUGUAUAAUCUUCGGAAUUCUGCAAAAUUUCAACCCAAAAUACUUGAAAUCGCAUUUCAGGGACUCUAGAUUUCACCCCCCCCCCCCAACUUUUUUAUGAAUAUAGAACGUAAUUUUCCCAUCGUCCAUAUACAUAAAUAUAAUAAAAAAUACCAUACCUUUAAUAGGCAAUUCCAGCUUUUAGUUUAUGCGUGAAGGGGACGAUGGGAAGUAAGGUAUCGCAUUGCUGAUUAUGCUGAAAAAAUAAAAAUGGUGGCCGUGUAAACACGAAGUGAUAGCUUAUACGUGUAAAUAUUGAAAUAUUUCGGUUGUUUCGGCGGUUUUUAUUGAACUUUUUCAACAUAAUCAGCAAUAUGAUACCUUACUUCCCAUCAUCCCCUGCAGGCAUAAACUAAAAGCUGGAAUUGCCAAUUCCGGCGGUGACAUCUAUUUUAUUUUAUUUUAUUUUACAGAUUUUGCCAUUUAACACAAACUAUUACACAAAAUUAGUUACACAAUAGAUUAUACAUGGCUGGAAUCAGGGCCUUUUUUAAGGAUUUUUCCGUGGGGGGGGGGGCAUUUUUUGAAAAGGGACCUUUCUGUGAGAUAAUAUAUUACAGGGAGAUAGCAAUGGCUGAAGGCCACGUGUGUGGCCAACAUAUCAUGCACGCAUGAACUCCCCCAGAAAAUUUUUGAAAUUUGAAGCACGGAAAUGCCAUUUCCUGCAUUCUGAGCAUCCAAAUUUGCUCCAAAAUGUAUGCUAACUAUACUUGUAUUUGAAAUAAAAGAAGGAAAAAACCCACAAAAAGUAAAAAAAUAUUAACCAUAAUUUAUCAUUACUUAUUAGAGGAGGAUACUAAUGGUCACGUGUGUGGGAGUGUACUCCCCCAGAAAAUUUUUGCAAUUUGAAACACGGAAAUGCCAUUUCCUGCAUUCGGAGCAUCCAAAUAUGCUACCUAUACUUGUAUUUGAAAUAAAAGAAGGAAAAAAUGCACAAAAAGUAAAAAAGAAUAUUAACCGUAAUUUAUCAUUAUACUUUUUAGAGGGAGAUACCAAUGGCCGAAGGCCACAUGUGUAGGGGCAUAAUCUCCAGAAAAUUUUUCAAAUUUGAAACCUGGAAAUGCUCUUUCCUGCAUUCUGAGCAUCCAAAAAAUAAAAAAUUAUAGUUAACAAUAAUUUAUCGUUACUUAGAGGUAGAAAAACGUAACAAUUUAAAUCGAUUUUGUUAAACAAGGACGUACAAAGGAUAAAGCCUAAAACUUACUUUCUGUUUAUUUAUUUGUUAUUAAUUACAUGGCUGACAUCAUGCAUAUAUCACGUGAUUUGCUUCCCUUGACGACUCUCGUUCAACGUCUAGGUUGUUCAUUGUCUGCCUGUUGCUCGAUCUUUUGAAGAACUUGCAUGCACGACUUGAUUCCCUGAUUAUUUUAUAAGAGCAUAGAAUAAAAACAAUGCAGUGAUGCCUAGAUCACAGACUUAUGAGGCUGAUGCUUUCCGGAGGAAUACUUGAAGUUUGCCCGAAUUUUUAUGGAGGACUGUAAUGAAAUACCGUAACUUGAAUUUAACAUAUAUUCUGGUAAAUUGGCCCGAAAUUUCUUGAUUUUUCCUAGCAUUUGCUCGAAUUUCCAUGGUUUUCUAAAGUUUUGAAGCCCCCCCCCCCCUUCCCCCUGUCUCGUAGGCCUAUGGCCUAGAUAUAAAAAAGUCUCUGGUUCGAGGAAAAUAAUUUCACAUAAACAAUUCCUGCAUGAAUCAAGUAAAGAAGAAAGUGUCAGAACAAAACAAUAACAUAGAACAUUUUGACAUUAAUAAAGAAAACAUAUUAAAUAAGUAUAGGAUUAAUUGGGAACAGUCGGAUAUAUAUAAAGUGUCUUAUGUAAAAAUAGAUAGAUAUAGGAGACCUAUGCAUAAUGAAAACCGGGUUACCAGUAGUAUAUGUAAGCCUCGUUAAAUAAAGUAUUCUUCUUCUUCCAAGUUUUCCCGAUUCAAAGAUCUAGAGUUUGCUUGGUCUAGUGUGCGCUACACAGCUAUACUGUAUCGAAUUUUGACUAAUUCGUUCUUUAGGUUGGAAUUGGAUGUAUUUUGUGAUAUGAAAUUACACAAAUUUCCUGCAGAUAAACAGAAAUGCAAAAUUGUUGUGGAAAGUUGUAAGUUAUCUUCAUUCAUAUAUAUUCACAGUUGUUAAUGAGUGACUAUAUAUAGUUGUUAAUGCAUGGGUGUCUAUUAGCGAUAAUGCAAAGCUCGAUUCUCUUGUGGUCGUUUGAGCACUCUGGCCCCAUUACACUCUGCGCAUGUCUGGAUGCGUUGAUGUCGUCAUGUUGACGUGUCGUACCACAUGCCUUGAUCAGAACAAGCUCAUGUGAUAUAAAUACAAGUGUAUCAUGUAUCUAGACGUGUAUCACGUAUCUAGGACGUGUAUCAUGUAUCUAGACGUGUAUCAUGUAUCUAGACGUGCAUCAUGUAUCUAGACGUGUAUCAUGUAUCUAGGACGUGUAUCAUGUAUCUAGGACGUGUUCACGUAUCUAGGACGUGUAUCAUGUAUCUAGGACGUGUAUCAUGUAUAUAGACGUGUACCAAGCUGCACUGACAAGGCGUAGAACGCCGAAGCAUGCAAACUGCAACAAACAUAUAUAUAGCGUUUUCGGACUUUUUGCUUCAAGUGUAAUUACGCAGGUAAAUAUAAUCAUUAUAAUCAUAGUUUGUCCACAAGAACCUGUUGGCGAAAGCCAGUUUAUGUUUUAUGUUCACGAAAGCCAAAUUAUAACAUUUUAAAUAUGUUUAGAUGGUGAUUCAGACAAGAAAAUAAGUUUGGCAUGGGAGAAGAAAAGAUGUCCUGUGUUAUUUCAAGGAAAAUAUGGAAGUCCACAAUUCAAAAUACUCGGUCCUUGUACAAAGGUUUCAAACAGCAUUGCGUACUAUGCUGGAAGUAAGUCACUUCUUAAAUGAAUGAGUAGCAAUUAGGGCUAUACGGAAAGAGAUUUUUGUUCGGGGCAAAUCACUCCAAAUAACCAGACCACGCAUCGCGUUAAGAGGCUCUCGGUUGAAGGGGUAUGUGCGUUCUUUGCCAGAUUUGUACUUCUGUCUUGAGGUAGACAAUCUUUGAGUAAAGCCCUUCGAGUUAAGCCCAGACCAUGCCCAAACUGAACCUAUGUUUCAAUUUGGACAGAGAUGUAUCACAUGUUGCUACUAUCCAUGUUAUAUCCUAAUAUAACAUUUUCUUGCUGUUUUAGGGAGAUUCACCGCACUGGAAACUUACAUAGAAUUCAGCCGCCGUGUGACGUCAUUUGUGUUUACAGUUUACGUUCCUGCAGCAAUGAUCGUGUUUCUAUCUACUCUUUCAUUCUGGAUUCGUCCAAGUUCUGUUCCAUCCCGAAUUGCUUUGGGUAUUACAACAGUUUUAUCUGAAGCAACAGUAAUGAGUGCAUGCAGCCCUGAAUGCCUAUCCCACGGUCUCAUAUUUGAAAGCAUUGGAUCUGUACACAAUGGUUUGUUUUUGUUUUACAUUUUGUGUGCUCAUUGAAUAUGCCAUCGUGCAUAUUAUGAUGGUUAACAAGAAGAUGCCAUUCCACCAUCAAGAACAGGGAGGCCAGGUUAGUCAUGGAGUUUCAAAUGAGUAUUAUUAUAUCGAUACAAUUCAUAGAGUUGUUCAUAUCAAGGAAUGGAAAUGGUUCAGACACAUCACUUUUCUUUAAUUCGAUCGUACGAUUUGUCUAACAGAAUGUGCAACCCUUUCGUAGAACAUGCUGUGGGUAUACUCACCAUGCAUAGAAAAUGUAUCAGUCUCAAUGUCAUUGAUAAAUUUACUAGCAUGAUGCUAGUAAAUUUCUUAUUGACAUAAUAGUACACGGCCAGAAAUCUCACAGACUUGCUGCAAGUUGCGGAAUUUACCUGGCCGCCGCAAGCUGAUGACAAGUUGCGUCAGCCCUGAUGAAUACGUCAAGCCGCGACAGACCUGAUUACCUGUCUGUCGCAACUGGAUGACCGCGGGCCAGCAGCAAGUUGAUGAGCGCAGCUUGCAGCAAUGCUGUUGAAAACAAGUGGCAAUAGGCUUGUCGUUAACAGUUUGCAGCAAGUCUGAUGAAAUCAACAGGCCUGUUUCGACCUGGGGCCGGUUGUAUAAAAAAGUGAUUAGCGCUAACUGCAGUUAAAAAGUAGUUAAAUAGUAGUUAACUUUAAUCACGUAGUUAAGCCAGUUGUAUAAAAGUGUAGUUAGCCUUAACUACAGUUAAAAAGUAGUUAAAAAGUAGUUAAAGUUAACUAUGCUUUGGAGUAUAGUUAACUAUCCAAAACGCAGUUAAAAAUGGCGGCUUUAUUAAGAGUGAUAAACUUUUAUGAGCGAGAUAAUAUUGAAAGGCAACGCUUACCUAGAGUUUUUAAUCGCCAUCUUCCCUGGGAAGGUUUCUCGGAUGAAGAACUGUUAAAGCGCUAUCGUUUUGGCCGGGAAUCCCUAAUUUUCAUAGCGAGACUCAUCGAGGACGAAGUGAGACCACUAACAAAGCGAAACCAUGCGAUAUCCACCGAACAACAAUUGGUUAUUGCUCUACGAUUCUUUGCUUCUGGCAGUUUUUUGCAAGUAAUAGGCGAUACUCAUGGCUAUGACAAGGCCACUGUGUCCAGAAUUGUUCGCAGAGUGUCACUUGCUCUUGCAAAUAAGCACGAACAGUGGAUCAAAUUUCCCACAACAAUGGAGGACAAAAACAUGAUUCGAGCAGGGAUGUACGAAAUUGCGGGUUUUCCCUGCGUAAUUGGAUGCGUUGACGGCACUCACAUCCGUAUACAGGCGCCAAGCCAAAACGAGCCAAAUUAUGUCAACCGUAAAAAUUAUGACAGCAUAAAUGUUCAAGUAAUCUGUGAUGACAAAGGUGUGUGUAAAUACUUUGUUGUUUAUAUAUUUUAAUACCCAUGCGUGUCCCCCCAAACGGAAGUACGUAACCAUUUAAGAAAUUAAUUAUGUAUUCUCUUAAAAAAUUGCUUCCUGUUUUGAAAAAUAUAAAUAAAUUUUCAAAGGGUGUCAAAAUACAUAAAAAUGAAAUAAUGUUCUUUAGUUAACUCUAUUUCAAGACUGUUCUGAAAGUGCUACUUGGCAUUUGUGUGGUUCAGGAUGUUCUGGAUGAUCAAUCUUUACAGGGGCUGUUCAACAUGAGUCUUGCUUGACAUUUGCAUCGUGAUAUGCGAUGUUCUGGAUAAAUCAAUCUUUAAUAGGCCAGGGCAGUUAGGGGCUGUUCUGCUUUUAAUCCUGCUUUGCUGGGUCUGGCAGGUCAGCCCAGCAAGUGCUACCAAGAAAUUCAACUGUGAAUUGGGUGGGAACGUGAUAUUUGUUUUUAUUUCAUUUGAUAUACUGUUUUUAUUGUCGGCAGCUGCUCCAUUAUUAAUUAUUCAUUAGGUGGACUAUAAAACCAUGUACUGUCCCUGUGUGAAUGAAAUUUCCAAAACGUACAGAUAAAAACAAUAUAGGAUCCUGGAUCUUGCCGCUUGCAAGUCACGCCAGGUUAGCCUAGCUGGCUGAUUUGAACGCCCCCUUAUGACCAGAGUAAGGGGAUACUCUGGUAUAUUGAACUAAGGGAGGAUGACUAAUAUUUAAAAGCAUUUCCAUGUUAAUUCAAUAUAUAUGUUCAAUUCAGUUUUAAUCAAUAUAAUUAAACCAAAAGUACACAACUGAAUCUAACAAAAUCUCUUAACAAUUAAGAAUGCUGUGACUUAUUUACAAAUAUUUAAAUGAGAUAUCAUAAUAUAUUUCUAUAGGAAAAUUAAGAAAUGUGGUGGCAAAGUGGCCAGGGUCAUGCCAUGACUCUUUUAUCUUUCGCUCCUCUGCACUUGGCAGAGGACUAGAAGAACAGGUUCAUACUACAGAGGAUGGAGUACUGCUAGGUGACAGUGGAUAUGCCCUCAGAUCAUACUUGAUAACACCCUUAUUUAAAUCCCGUUUUGCCACAGCAAAGAAGAUUUAACAGGGCCCACAAGAAAACAAGAUGCCUGGUUGAACGUGUAAUCGGCAUUUGGAAGAGACGAUUUCAUGUCUUACAUUCAGAAAUAAGGUAAGCUCUUCUCAGGCAGAUAAAAAAAUUUAUGGCAGAUAAAGAAUAUGGGGUGCUUCAUAAGGGUCAGCCUGGAGAGCAAGGGAUUCUAACACCUGCUCUGCAGGCUUAAAACCUUCCAAGUUACAGUAUUGUGUUAAUCAAUAUUAAUUUAUAAAUUGUGUUAUAUUUGUUUAGAAUGAAACCAGAUAGAGUCUGUACUAUUGUGAUGGCAUGUGCUGUCUUGCACAACAUUGCCAUCGAGAGACACGAACCUGAACCUGAAGAAGAUGAAGGUGAUCUUGUGGAGCUGGAAGAUGGAGAGGAGCAUUUCGAUGCAGCAGAACGUGAUGGGGUAACCGCUAGGGAUUAUAUGGCACAAACAUAUUUUGCAUAA